AUGUCCGAGUCGAUUUUUGGCUCUCCAUCUCACCUUUUGACUGCCGAGUUUGCACCUGAGUCAGCGCAAACUGGCAAUGGGAUCCGUAUGCCAGCCCCUGUUCACCAACCGCCACCUAGUUUUACAGAUCUCCAAUUCGGUACCAUCGGAAAACCGCCUGAUUUACUCAGUCGCAUUUCUGCGCCAGAUCCAGGCCAAAUGUCCUUUCGUUCUCCCUCACCGGCAACGUUCAACCAUCUUCCACCCCCAAUAAAUCGCAACCCUCACGUUCCUGCAAACCCUGAUUUAAUUCCUCCAAUCAAGGUUCUCCCGACUCCUUCCGAGUCAAACAUGUUGCAAAUGCAAGCCCCAGCAAAUUCUGCCGUCAACAAAGUCAGAGAGGCAUUAACACCUGAACUCGUCUAUCCCGCCUCAUUUCUUGUAACUCCGACCGCUGAACAAUCCAAUGGUGGCAUUUCGUCAUCGUCUGAUCCGUCUGGGUCCCCGAAACCACAUUCUUCCACAGGAUUCUUUCCUCAACCAACCCAGAGUUCACCCUCGUCGAUGCCAUCAGCAUCUCUUCUUCCGAAUUCUAAAACGACUGGGACCAACUCAAGCCAAGUUCCAGACGUUGCGCAGCCUGAACCAUCUCAAGGGCAGGUUGCACAAGACUCAUUGUCCGCUUUAUAUGUCAGGCUUCUAGAAAAGAGCAAAGCUUUAUCCGUUGCCCCUCCUACAUCGCUUCUCGGGACCCCAUCCCCAUUUGCACCGCCUUCGAAUAUACCCGAGUUAGCUGCCGGCCUUCACAAUGAAACGAAUGCGGAGGAGCUUGGUGCCAUUGUUCUUCGACACCCGUAUCCUCAGAGCAGUUUCACUUCAAACGGUCCCCUGGAUCAAGAAAUGUUACCAGCUGAUGAUGGUAAUGCCCUUGCUCUGACGAGUUUGCAAUCUUCGAAUAUGUUGACCUCGCAGAACACCGGCAUUGAGUCGUUUGUCGAAGCCACGAAGAAGUUCCUAUCCGUCGCCGAGGGUGCUGUCAAACAACAGCUUGAUACGAACCAAGCAUUUGAGGCAGAGCACAUUGACUUCGAUACAUGCCGAAAGGCGUUCAAGGAGCACAUGCUCGUGAAGGAAGUGGAAUACAAUUCUUGGAUACAAAUGUUGCGGAAGCAGCGGGAGGAGUUGCGCACCAGGGAGGAGAGACUCGUGUUGGAGGACGAGUCAAAACGGACAGCCAUGCAGGAAGAGAUUGCUGAAACAAUGAAGCUUCUCGAAGAAGUAAAGGCUGAGAAGACACAGUGGGAGGCAGAGAAAAAGUGUGCCGAGAGAGAAAGGACUCUGGCUCAAAACAACGCAGCGCCACUCCAGCUUUCCGCUGAUAUCGAGCCUCGUGUCAAGAAGGAGGAUGGUAUGACUGAAGAAGAGGUUAAGGCGGUCGAUGACCACAACAACUCUUUGGUUUACCAACACAAGUUGACUGAGAAUCUGAAAAAGCAAAUCGUCUGGACUCGUCAAUCUUCCGAUACGCUCCAGCAUAUGAAGGAGACACGUUUGCAGGCCGCUGAAGCAGAGCGUCGGCGGGUCGAAGAGGAAGCAGAGAAGCAGAGGGUCCAGGCCGAAGAGGCUGCAAAACGGGCUGAUGAAGAACAAAAACUGUGA